AUGGCGGAGAGUCCGGCAGCGGAGGAGGCGGCCGCGGCGGCGGUGCUGGCGGCCGCCACGAGCGGCGGGGUCCCGGCGGGACCCGGGGGCGGCGGAGCGGGCAGCCCCGGCGUGUUCAUCCCGGCCGAGCUGUGGGCGGCGGCCGGGUUCGGGGCGCCCCCCGCGGGGGCCGGAGUCCCGCCCGGGAGCGGCGGGGCCCCCCUCGCCGGGCUGCCCGCGGCCGCCGCCGCUGCGGCCGGGGCCGCGCUGCUCACUCACUCCGCCUUCUGGGACCCCACGGUGAGCGGCGACUGGGACAGCGAGAGGCCGAGCCCGGCCUGCCUGCUGCGGAUCAAACGGGAUAUCAUGUCCAUUUAUAAGGAACCACCCCCUGGAAUGUUUGUUGUGCCUGAUCCCCAUGAUAUGACUAAGAUUCAUGCAUUGAUCACAGGCCCAUUUGACACGCCUUAUGAAGGGGGUUUCUUCUUGUUCCUGUUUCGCUGUCCUCCAGAUUAUCCCAUCCACCCACCAAGGGUCAAACUGAUGACAACAGGGAAUAACACAGUGAGGUUUAACCCCAACUUCUACCGCAAUGGGAAAGUCUGCCUGAGUAUUCUAGGCACUUGGACUGGUCCUGCUUGGAGCCCAGCACAGAGUAUCUCUUCAGUCCUCAUCUCCAUACAGUCUCUGAUGACUGAAAACCCCUAUCACAACGAACCUGGCUUUGAGCAGGAGAGGCACCCUGGGGAUAGUAAGAACUAUAACGAGUGCAUUCGGCAUGAGACCAUCCGAGUAGCUGUGUGCGACAUGCUGGAAGGAAAAUGUCCCUGUCCUGAGCCUUUACGGGGUGUUAUGGAGAAGUCUUUCAUGGAAUACUUUGACUUCUACGAGGGUGCGUGCAAAGAGAGGCUUCACCUCCAAGGACAGACCAUGCAGGAUCCUUUUGGUGAGAAACGAGGCCACUUUGACUAUCAGUCCCUAUUAAUCCGUUUGCAAGGUAUUCGGCUGAAGGUGCAAGAGAAACACCAGCAGGAGAAUGUAGAAAUAGACUCUGACAGCAGCUCCUCGGAGACAGAGACGGACACUCAAGGGAGCUCCAAGGCUUAGAGGUCUCUCUCUAAGUGAGAAACCCAAUCCUGGGGAUGGUUCUGUCUUCGAACUCUAGAAUUACCCGACAGACUUGAGAACCAAGCCAAUCCCAGAGUGGCUAGAGCUGGAAGAGGUCUUCUGUCUCCUUUAAUGCUCUGGUGGAUACCAAACAAGAGGACUCCAUGGUAGACAAAGCCAAGCUUGUGACAGGCUACUCUAAAAGGUACUUCCUAUGCUAGAAAGCUGGAGCAUGUGGCAUCAGGUUAUUUUGGAAACACCUACACUGGGUGGCUUUUUUUUUUCUUUAUUGGAUUAAAACAAUGAGAUGUAGAAUGCAA